AUCUCUGCGCAUCAAUUCUUCAGGCUUUCUGGCCCUUAUGCUUUUAUACCACAUGGAAUACCCGACCCGUCAAAAUCAGCCCGGAGAAAGGAAAUAUAGCAAUCCACUAAAAUACACCUUCGACGGCCAAUUCUUGCCCGCAACCCCUCCUGAUGAAGAAACACCAGAAAUAACAGAAUCCACGGAUGAAAACUCUGAAACCGGACAAAGCUCUGAAUCCAGCUACCCAGAGCCAGGCCAAGCUGCGGGUCUGGCUGCAAGCCUCCAAGUAAUUGCCAACACCGUGCUGAGGACAGAGCUAGCUGAACUGGAAAUGAUGAAGAAGAGGGAGACUUACCGGCUGGAAGCCCUGAAGCGGCAAGCGGAACUGGAAGAUGAGAUCACUCGGAUGAUGUUGCAGACACAGGCACAGAUUGCUUCAUUUGUUCAUCAGAAUAACUCCAGCAAGAAGAGGAAAAGUUAACAAGCACUUCUGAGACCUAUGUAUGCUGGUUAAACAUAGCAGCCUUCCUCAAUAAAACCAAGAGAUGGAAGAGUUAGUAGAGUUGACUAACCGGAACUAUCUUCAACCAUCAAUCUGCCUUAACAGGAAGCUGGUAACAGGCUCCAGAAGUCUUCAGUUUUUCUCCAAACAAACAUUUUAACUAUGAUAUGAAAGGUUAGGUUGCUUUAGAAAAGGACUCACUCUGGACACAGUUGGUCCAAAUUCUAUCCUUGCAUGCUAAAUA